CACCAACCCGCCAAAAUGAAAGUCAAAUGGACCAAGUUAGGCUUGGUCUUCUUUCUGCUUCUCUCCAUUGUCAUGACAAGCUGUUUCAUAUGGCAGUACAAACUACCCAAGUUACAACCGGAUAAUGUUGUAUCAAAUGAGGUUCAAGGAGAGAAGAUGUGUCCCCGCUUCCCUGAGCCUGUCCCUCUGCAGCAUCCCAUACCUGCACUAAUGGAGGCACUGGAAAAGGUGGACGCUCUCCUGAGGACAAACGUUAAUGCCACUAGACUGCCAGCCAUAUCAGCCAUUGUUAUUUUCAAUGACUCGGUUUUGUGGAAUGGAAAUUUUGGCAAGAGAAAUGGAAGCAAUCCCCUCUCUCCUCCACCCAAUGAAUACACUAUUUACAGAAUUGCCAGCCUAUCCAAGAUCUUCCCAACAAUAAUGUUGUAUAAAUUGUGGGAGGAAGGCAAGGUAGCAUCCCUGGAUGACCCUCUCGGGAAAUAUGUUGAUAAUUUCACUAUAAAGAAUCCGCUCGGGAGAUUUCCUGACCCAGAGUCAAAGUCUCUCACAGAUGGCACGUCCUUCUUGAAUAGCGCGGAGACACAAGUCCGUGUAUCAUCCGUCACUCUUCGAAGGAUGGCCAGCCAACUGUCUGGGUUACCCAGGCGGCUCAGAGGAACAAAUCUUCUUUGGAACAGCAACACUAGAGCUGCUAUUGAUUUGUUACAAGAUGACAUCCUUGUGGCAGACCCUGGAACCAAAUGUCACUACAGUAACCUAGCCUUCUCCCUUCUGGCCCACGUCAUGGCAGAGAACUUAGAAGGGAUGAAGUACCAGCGCUGGGUGUCAAAGAACAUCCUCACCCCAUUAGGGAUGGAAGGCACAGGCUUUGACAUAACCCCAGACAUUGAGAGCCAGAUGGCAGUGGGCGUCUACAGCAAUGGGCAGCCCGCACCCCUCUAUGACCUCGGCUGGUACAGACCUUCGGGCCAGAUGUAUUCCACAGCAGCUGACAUGGCUAAACUGGCCAUGGCCUUGCUAGGGACAUAUAACCAAAGGAUUCUACAGCCAGACACUCUCAAAACAAUGCUGACCCCAGUCUUCCGUUGCGACCACAGCUAUUUUGCCAACCAAACAGGUACGCCUUGGGAAGUGAACGAACAGCUGGGUUAUGAAAUUCUCCGUAAAGAUGGAGAUUUGGAUGGAUACUCUGCUACUUUCUCCCUCGUUCCACGCCUCAAGCUGGCUUUGGUCAUCCUGAUGGCUGGGACCAAACCUGAGGAUGAGGAUCUUGUGGCAAAAGCCUACAGUCACCUCAUUCCAGCCAUGGAGAGUGCCUUCAGAGAUGCUCCUCGUGUGCUCACUCCACCACCAGAUCCAGCCCCAUAUGUUGGAUACUAUACCUAUGGCAACAUGACAUUCUAUGAGAUCAAAGUUGGGUCAGAUGGGGUUCUGAUUAUGCAGCAGUUUGGGCCUCAGGUUGACAGUAUGGUCCCUCUGAAGUACAGGACAUUAAAGCUCAACUACUUGGAGGAGAGAGUUUUCAGGGUGGUCUUUGAGAAAGAAUAUCCAUGUCGACUGAAAGUCCAAGCAGGCUCUGUCUCUUUGGAGUCCCAAGACAGACAACUCUUUAACUUCUACAAUUUCAACAAGAAAGGCCUGUCUCCUGGAUUUGAUGCCCCAGGACUAAACACAUAUAAGGUGCUCAGGAUAGCUCACAAACCAAUUUUUACUAAAUGA